CAUCCCUUUUUUCCAUCUUUUCUUAAGGCGACCUGCUUGCUUCAGUGCGUUAUCAAUAUUCUACAAACAUAGGUGCAGUCAUGCUUGAGCUCACAAAUACGCCGGUUUUGGCGACUGCUAUCUGCUUCUGCUUUGCCGUCAUACUUUGCGCAUGCGUAGUGUUGUUGUCAAAGUCAAGUCGAUCAUGGGUAGCUCACCCAUCUUUCCAACUCUCUAAUACCCUUUUAUCAUUGCUUUUGCAAGGAAGACAGGCAUUGGUAAUUAUGGCUAAUUGACUUGCUAACAGAAGCGUCAGAUAAGCGCCCGGAAGAGGUGUUCUAAAGGGGACAGUCUUAAGCAAUUCAAUACCAAGGAUGCUUAUUAUUCUAUUGAGCCGCUCUCAAACUUUAACUGGAAAGUUGAAGAACCUUUGCAACUACGGCCUUUUAAGCCUACUUAUCAUCUGACCAUGGCGUUGGAGAACACAACCUUGUCUGACCUCAUCAUCAUGGACAAGACAUACCUUGAUCGGAUCUCCUUACGCCGUAGCCUCAUCAAGGAACAGGGAAAGUACGUGGUUGCUGCAAAUGCAGUCAUCAAUCCAGGAGUUCAUGAGUUCUAUUCCUGGAUCAUGGGUGUCUACUUGCCGCGGCGCUUUCCGACAAUCUACAAGCUUCUGUCAUCUGAAAAGGGGAGAGAAGUUCUUUGCAAUCUUGCAACUGGCGAGGAAAUCCCUGUCCAGCCACCAGCGGAUACUGUGGAGGCACUCAACAUCCUCGGCGGGCAUGUGGAUGAUGAGUUUCUCUUCCUUCGUCGAUCCAGCGAUCCAGCGGACGAGCAAAAAUACAGGCUGGAAGGCUACGUCACUUGCUUUCCGUCUGGGUUCGACACGUAUGCGAAGCUGAACCUGAAGCUCGCUGACAUUCAUACUCCCGUGCCGGGUUAUGCGGCCAAACUGGAAAAAUCCAUGGACCGUUUCUUUGCUAAUUUGGCUCUGGGAAGAGUUGUCAAGCGGCAUAACUGGAGCAUUACGACAAAUACGAAACUCUACUCACGAAGUGGUAACCACUUGUAUGAGGGAGAACAGAUUGAGAAGUUGAGGCGGGAAGAUUUUGAUCCGGACCAGACAGUGAUGAGAUGCGAGAGGCAGACUUUACACAGGCUGCCCGAGAACGACGAUGUGUUGGUGUUUACUUUCAAGACAUAUCAAUACUCGAUGAGACAGAUCAAAGAGGAAGGAAAUGGAGAACAAUUGGCCAAGGCAAUUGAUGGGUUGAGCGAAGGGAACGUUCCGCACAUGGCAACUUACAAACGCGGCGUGGUUUGGGGCGACGCUGUCAAGGAGUAUCUUACUAGCUAAAUGGGGGUCUGUUCUGUGGUUAUCUGAAGAUGUACUCGUAGGAAUGUUAUCACUGUAAGAGGAUGAGAAGACGCG